GGCCUAUGACAUCAUUUGUGGAGAUAUAUAUGUCUGUGUGUAUUGCAUAUGUGUAUAUAUUAUGGUACUUGUUAGGGAAAGCUAAUUAACAUGCUAACGGCCAGAGGGAGGCAAACCCGAUAACGAGAAGAUAUUCUGGGUAAGUUGAACUGGCUUCGUAGUACAGGGCUCCAAUGGACCAAAGAAAACUACAAACACAUUCAGUAGUUCGCGUAACUUACCAUAAAAGAGAGCCACCUUCAUAGGAUUGAAAGCCCUGGCUUUGGACUCAAGAUACCUCAUCGACUCAUUCAUCUUGCUUCGUGGUACACCCCUCUGAUAGCUGCUGGAACUGAUGCAAAAUAGGACACUUGGUGGCAACAUCUGGCAGAAACCAAAAAGCUGUGUGUCCUGGGUCGACAGAGGGUCCAGACCCGUCUCUGGCAUAUCGGCCAAAUUUGGAGAAGAAUGCAACCAAAGAGAAAGAAGACUACAGAAACUUUGAGAGUGGAAGUCUAAUUGACCGUGUGUUCAAAACAUACGACCUGAUGCACACCAAUCAGACGCUAAAGUAUGUGAAACAAAAGCAUUCUGAAUGGAGCGGCUGCAACCACACUCAGAUGACCAUGAUGGACGCAAUCAUGUCUCUAGACCAGCUGGUGGACGAGUCCGAUCCUGAUGUGGACUUCCCCAACUCCUUCCACGCCUUCCAGACGGCUGAGGGCAUCCGCCAAGCACACCCAGACAAAGACUGGUUCCAGUUGGUGGGUCUGAUCCAUGAUGUUGGGAAGAUGAUGGCUCUUUGGGACGAACCCCAGUGGGCUGUAGUGGGUGACACCUUCCCAGUGGGUUGCAAGUUUCAAAACUCCAUUGUGUUCAGAGACAACACCUUCCUGAAUAAUCCAGAUGAUAAAAACCCCAGCUACAACACUGAGUACGGCAUCUAUGAAUCAAACUGUGGGCUUGACAAAGUCUUCAUGUCCUGGGGUCAUGAUGAGUAUCUCUACAGAGUCAUGAAGUUCAACAACAGCUCCAUCCCAGAGGAGGGCUUGUACAUGAUACGCUUCCACUCAUUCUACCCCUGGCACUCCCACGAUGACUACAUGCACCUGUGUAAUGACAAAGACCUGCGCAUGCUGCCCUGGGUCCGAGAGUUCAACAAAUUUGACCUGUACACAAAGACCUCCGAGCUGCCUGACGUCGACAAGCUGAAGCCGUACUACCAGUCUCUCAUCGACAAGUACUGUCCUGGAAUACUGAAGUGGUGAAACAGACACUGAAUUCAGCAGCAACACUAUAAAGACACAGAGUGAUUACAUGAUGUUGAGUACCUCAGAAUGAUUUGUGUUGGUGCUUUAUAAUAACACUAAAGCUGAAUUUACUAUCUCCUGUACGCACAUAUUACUUAUUAUACUGAUUGUAUACUGACAUUUCAAGCUAUCAAAACAACAUAUGAAUCAUGAUUGUUACACCUUUUCAGAUAAGAAUUGACAGAGAAGCAUUUCUAUUUUAUUGUACUUUAAUAUGUGAUUUUAAAAAAACAUUUAAAAAAAUUUCUACACCAAA